AUGUCUCUCAAACACACUCCCAACCUCAUUUGGGCGAAUGUACCUUGCCACAUCGACUCUUCGAGAAGGAUUAUACAAGACAGACCUCAAAUAGAUGGGACAGAGAUGAUGUCAGAUCCCGAGCAAUCAGGCAGCCUUUCUUCCGAGAGCCUUCUACACGAGCAACCACCAUUCGCUUGCCAGGACGCCAGGGGACCACACCCUACUUCCUCACAACCCUCCGUCACAACUGCGUCCCGACUCGUGCCAUGUCAACCGUUUGCAUCGAGAAAGCUACCCCGACCUCCGACCGCUCUCGCACGCAUUACUGAAGCUGAAAGAUGUCUGCGAUACCAGGAUCGCCUUGACUUCCAUGCUCGGUCUUUGAUCUGGUUGCGUGCUCACGGAGCUGUCCACUCUUCUGUAAAACUUUCGCCGUGCAUCGGGACCUUACUCAGCGGCGAACAGGAAGCUGCUCUGUUGAAGACAGAAAGCCUAGAAGCCUUGUCUCGUUCCAUGGAGCAGUGGGAGCAAGAGAGCCGCGCUAUGAAGGGCGCCUUGCAAGCGGACGGAAAUUUUGAGUGA